AUUUAAUUCGUAUUGUCAACCCUACGCAUCAAUAUUUGUGUGUAUUUUUCACAGCAUAUGUAAAAAUAACAAAUACAAUUAAAAUGCAUGCGUAUGCAUCAGAGUCCGAGGCCAUAAAAUCCGCCACCUACGUGGACAAUUACCUGGACUCAGUGGAGAAUCUGCCGGACGACGUUCAGAGGCAGCUUUCUCGCAUACGCGACAUUGACGUUCAGUACAGAGGCCUAAUACGAGAUGUGGACCACUACUACGAUCUCUACGUGUCGCAGUUGAGCUCGGCGGAUUCCAAGAGCCGAUCGUAUGCACGUAUGCAUCAGAGCCUAAUACAAGCGCAGGAGCUGGGAGAUGAAAAGAUGCAGAUUGUAAACCAUCUGCAAGAAAUAAUUGAUGCGAAGGUAAGACAGCUAGAUACGGAUCAGCAUAAUCUCGACUUGAAGGAGGAUCGUGAUAGUUACAUACUUACGGAUGAUGGGCAGCCAUCGAAGCUGCAGAGAUUACAGAGUCCAAUGCGUGAUCAAGCAAAUAGUACAGGCAACAGUGGGCUGAAUGGUAAUAGCCUAGGCAGCAGUGUAGCUCAUGUCGUGGGAAAGGAGCACUACGGAAGUAUAGCUUUCUCGGUUAUGGGUGCUUCAAGCUCUGGCGGUGGUGUUAGUAGUAAUGGUGGGAACUCGACGCCAACAUAUGACCGUCAUUUGGGCAAUGGCAUAUCUAUGGUCAGUAGUGGAGGCGAGUUGCAUCGCUCCGGCAGCAAGCGCUCCCGGCGGCGCAAUGAGAGCCAAACAAAUAAUGGAAACUCAAUGGAAAUGGGCGGUAAUGAAUCGAAUUCGGCCAAUGAAGGUGGCAAUGGGAAUGGAAGCGAUCGCAAGACGUCUUUGGUCAGCGGCGGCGUAGGUGGUGUUGGUCAGCGUAAGAGCAGUGUACAAAUGGCAAGCGGAAAUGUUGCAAGUAGCCUUGCAGGCGGUUCCACCAGUGGUGGUGGUGGCAAUAAUUCUGGCAAGAAGAAGAAACGCAAGGUACGCGGCGCUGGCGCAAUGAAUACAGCAGCGAAUGCUCGCGAGGAAACACCACCGCCUGAUCCUAUUGAUCCAGAUGAGCCCACAUAUUGCGUGUGCAACCAGAUCUCAUUUGGAGAGAUGAUACUCUGCGACAAUGAUUUAUGCCCUAUCGAGUGGUUUCACUUCUCGUGCGUUUCGCUUGUCUUCAAACCAAAAGGCAAAUGGUUCUGUCCGAACUGUCGCGGCGAGCGUCCCAGUGUCAUGAAGCCAAAAGCGCAGUUUCUCAAGGAACUGGAGCGCUACAACAAGGAGAAGGAAGAGAAAACUUAAACAAACCCACAAAGAUAUUUUGUGUCCAACACUAAACAGUUACAGAUUAGAGAUUGCUCUCUAAUCUAUCGCUCUGUAAAUUACUCACUUCUAAUUAUGUAGUUGUUGUAAAUUCUCUUUUACUAGCUUUAACAUAAGAUUUGAACGCUCUUGUACACAUUUUAUGUUUUCCGUGGUCGGAGGUUUGCCAAUUUUCAUUUGAAGUGUAUCUGUAUAAAAUUAAUUUUAACAUAUGCUAAUAAACAUUAAUAUUAUCUUGAGUA